AUGACUCUAAGGACUAAAAAUAUCCCAAAUUCUACAUUUGAUGAAGACAACAUGGUGCAGUCUGUUUUUGACCUUUUCCUGGGUGGCUCAGAGACCACCACCACCACUCUGCACUGGGCUCUGCUCUAUAUGGUGGCUUAUCCUGACAUGCCAGAAAAAGUCCAGAAAGAGCUAGAUGCCAUUUUGAGUUCCUCCCAUCUAAUCUGCUAUAAGGAUCAGAAGAAACUGCCUUAUACAAAUGCUGUGAUUCAUGAGAACAUGCAUUUUGGUAGCAUUAUUUUAAUCACAAUUCCUAGAGAAGCAGCAGGAUACAACUGGUUGGGGUAUCAGCUUCCAAAGGGCACUGUGAUUAUGGCAAACAUAGACUCAGCUCUUUUUGCCCCUGAAUACUGGGAGACCCCUCACCAGUUCAACCCUGGUCAUUCUUUGGACAAGGAUGGAAAUUUUGUGACCCAAGAGGCCGCCUUAGCCUUCUCAGCUGGUAGGUACACCAGAAACUGA